CAGUCAGCUGGCAACUGUCAGGUCAAAGAUGUCAUUAUCACGCAUGUCAAUUUGACAUUUUAAUUAAAAAUAGUCGCCCGCUGCCCGCUAUUCAUAGGUUAAAUUGUUUUGUUACUAUACGAAUGAUAUAUAAAUUCCUAAACAAAUCUCAUUCCAGAAGUGUGCGUUUGUUAAUAGAUCAUCUUUCUGGUACUAAGUCAGCUCCAUAUUGCCAACAAAUCAUUAGAACAAUGUCAUCUACGUCCUUGGAUGCUCUGCCAAAGGUGGACAUUGACCCAUCUGGAGUAUUUAAGUAUAUUUUAGUAAAAGUAUAUGAUAAAGAAAAAGACAAUGUUGAGCCAUCCAUUACCAUUGUCAGGGGUUACAAAAGGUGUAACUAUCAUUCAGAUAUUUUUGAUGAGGUCCAAGACAAACUACAUCCCUUAGAUUGUGAACCAUUAGGUGGAGGCAGGAUAUCCCAUGAGCCUGACAAUAAAAAGAUUCACAUCUAUGGCUACUCUCAGGGCUACGGCAAGGCUGACCAUGAGAUUGCAGCUAAGCUUAUUAAAGACACUUACCCUGAUUAUGCCAUCAGUGUGAGUGAUGAAGGAUACUAAUUAGAAACUGCACAUUUAUUUAUGUUUUAUAAUUCUUACUAUUAAAGUGUAUCACAUUUGGA